UCCGGUCGGACUGUGUUCGUGUCGCACUCUCUUCCGCUUUGCUGCCAAUAAAGAAGACUCAGCGGUUCUUCGCGGGUCAAUUUUUUUAAAACUUGUUUGGCAGAAUCCGAGUAAUAUCGGAGCCAUCCUAACAGUAAUCAUGACGGUCGGAAAGAGCAGUAAGAUGUUGCAGCACAUCGACUUUCGGAUGCGCUGUAUCCUGCAAGAUGGGCGAAUCUUUAUCGGCACAUUUAAAGCUUUCGACAAACACAUGAACCUGAUCUUGUGUGACUGUGAUGAGUUCAGAAAGAUCAAACCCAAGAAUUCCAAGCAGCCAGAACGUGAAGAAAAGCGGGUGUUGGGUUUAGUUUUGCUUAGAGGAGAAAAUCUAGUUUCUAUGACUGUAGAAGGACCUCCACCCAAAGAUACUGGCAUUGCCCGUGUACCCUUGGCAGGAGUUGCUGGAGGUCCAGGUGUCGGCAGGGCUGCGGGUAGAGGCGUACCAGCCGGCGCACCAAUGGCCCAGGCUCCAGCUGGUUUGGCUGGACCUGUUAGAGGAGUUGGUGGCCCAUCACAGCAGGUCAUGACCCCUCAGGGUAGAGGCACAGUCGGAGCUGUGGCUGCAGGUGCCAGUAUAGCUGGUGCCCCAACGCAGUAUCCCCCGGGCCGAGGUGGACCCCCUCCACCAAUGGGCAGAGGAGCUCCUCCUCCAGGUAUGAUGGGACCUCCUCCAGGCAUGCGGCCACCCAUGGGACCACCGAUGGGAAUGCCACCCGGCCGUGGCGCUCCAAUGGGAAUGCCGCCUCCUGGCAUGAGGCCGCCCCCCCCUGGAAUGAGAGGACCUCCUCCUCCAGGAAUGCGUCCACCCAGACCUUAAAUCCUCCACACUGGGUAUGGAUGUUUGGAAUGUUUUCUUUGUAUAGGAAAUGUUGGCUGCAAGUUGUUGUAUAGUUUCAAGUUAAUUUUGUAUUUUUUCUUUUUUAAUAAAGUGUCAAAUCGACAUUGUUUUAAAA